AUGGCCGCUUGCCUGCCCUCUCCUGGGCCUGCGCAGGUGCUGGCCUUGGGUGCGGCGGGUUCCACCGCGUUCCACCGGGUUCCCAGGCCCUGCGGUGCCCAGGUGGUUGCUCCCACACCGCCCGGAAGUGCUCGCGGACGGGUCCCGGGGGUGGACUGGUGGCGGGACAUGGAGGUGCGGGGCCGUGUGGACAGUCCGAGCGGAGCACUGGCGUCUGCCGAGCCGGUUCCGGCUUCGGUGACCCUGGCGCAGCUCCUGCAGCUGGUCCAGAAGGGCCAGGAGCUCCCGGGUCUGGAGAAACGCCACAUCACUGCGAUCCACGGCGAACCCACGGCGUCGCUGCUCCCGCGGAGGCCCAAGCCCUGGGAGGACGCGGGCUCGGCCGCAUCGGCCCGCACCGCCGCCCUAGACGUGCGCACGCAGUCCCCGACCGUCGGGGAGCCGGCCUGGCUCAGCCCAGCGGCCCAGCUCGGCCGAGGCCCGGCAGAUGCCUGAGCUCGAGGGCUUUUACAGCCGAGAUCCGGAGGGCGGGACCGGGUCCUGCAAGAACCUGAGAGUCUGGACAGCUGCCACCCUUACUCAUCUUUCUGCAUCUGCGCUGACCUGUCUCAACCGGACCCAGUCUUCCCGGGAGACUCAACGUUGCCCAGGAAUUUUGGGUUUGGACGCUGAAUUUCAACUGCAUACUGUGUUCUAGUCCGUCCGUGUAAUUGAAAAAGCCUGUUUUACCACCUUCCGUCUGUUUCACUUGUCCCAGUAACCUCCUGGGCCACCUUCUGAUGAUACUGAUAAAGUAAACCUGAGAGCCAA